UUGAGGCCAAAAUGCUCUGAGAAAAAAAUGCAGUCGUUAUGAAAUAGAAGCCACGCCUCCACACACUCGUCGCUUUAAAGCUAGUACUUUCUGUGCAAUCUAAAGCUCUUGGAUUGUUUUGAAAGGGUACUGUAUUUCAUGAUCCCGCGUAGGCUUCACAUGGAGAAUAUUAGCACAAUGACAGAAAACCUAGGCAGGUGCAGCUCCGUCCUCAUAACAGGAGCCAGCCGGGGACUAGGUUUGCAAAUGGUGAAGGACUUAGUAAAACGGAAAGAGAGGCCGAAGAGAAUCAUAGCAACUGCCAGGAAUCCAGCCACUGCUGAGGAACUACAAGAAAUCACCAGAUCAUUCCCAGGAGUUCAUGUAGUCGCACUGGAUGUUGUCAGUGAACCAAGCAUACACUCUGCCUCUGAAGAAGUUGCUUCCAUCGUGGGAACUGAAGGAUUGAACUGUCUCAUAAACAAUGCAGCCAUCAACGUCUCCACCGACCUUCAAACUGUGACUGCAGAAGCAAUGAUGAAAGCCUUUGAGAGCAAUGCUGUUGCCCCUCUCUCAGUCACCAAGGCCUUUCUACCACAUUUACGAGCUGCUGCAGGACAAAACACUGGAAUGGGUGUGCAUAGAGCUGCGGUGAUCAACAUUUCCUCCAUCUUGGGAUCUAUUCAACUGAACUGGGGAGAUGGAGCCCAAUUUAAAAGCUAUGCCUAUAGGACAUCCAAGUCGGCGUUAAACAUGGUCACAAGAUGUCUGGCCACAGAUCUAGAAGCUGAAGGUAUUCUGUGCCUGGCAUUACACCCAGGAUGGGUGCGCACUGACAUGGGGGGCCCACAGGCACCUCUCAGCCCAGAGGAGAGCAUAUCUUCACUUCUAUCAGUGAUUUCUUCAUUGACAGAGAAGGAUCAUGGGGGAUACCUGGACUAUUCAGGAAACAAAUUACCAUGGUGAUUGUCCUCUUUGAAUCAAACAAGUAAACAAAAAUCAUUUGCUUCCCACACAUUGUGUGAACUGUUUUUAGAUGGUUGGUUAUGGCUGGCUUGUCAUGAUGAGUCUAAAUACAAGUUGAUGGAAGACAUAGAGACUGACAAACGUAACCAUCUCAGGGUUAUGUGAAGAUGACUUUGGAUUCUGUGAAUGAUACUAAAAACAUUCAUUGGUUAUUUUAAAACAAGAAACCGGAUCUGUUUGGUUCUACUUAGGGAUGGGAAUUUUGAGUGUUUAUCAGUGGUGGACCAAUAGCAAGAAUGUUCAGCUAAUCCUAUGAUCCUAACCAGUAUUUUUUGUAAAUACAAAGUAUUUUGCUAAUAUUGUUAGUUACUCUAUGUUCUGGAGUUAAUGGCAAUACAGUAUACAAUAAGCAUUAUGGUAAAUAAAACAUGUACAAAUCCCUUUCGGCCAAACAGUUAAGGUUUUACCUCACCACCACACAUGAUCACACUCACAUAAUAAAACCUGACCCUCAGGAUGUGACCACAGAACAAAAACCUUAUGCAUAAUCAAAAGGAUGGAAGGAUCUACAUUCACUAAGAAAAGAGGUUAACUCUGAGGUACACAGGCAUUUAAGCAGAAGAAAUGAACCAGAAAGAUUAUUAAUGAAGAAGGUGAUUAAUAACAGGGUCCCAGUUGUUAAAUAAUGUGAGAUAUGAUGACACACCAAGUAAUACAUAUUACAUUUGAUAAGCUAUAAUAAAAGGUGUGACAUCUGUGGCAUGGAGAUCUCAAUACUGGCACAUUCCAACUAAAUAUAAGUUACUAAAUAUAAGUAUCUAACUGCUCUGUGCCUAGUCAACACAAUGAAAGUGUGCAUUAUGUGUUCUGUCAGAGUGCCCCCUUCACUCCCAGAUUUUAUAUCACCAAUCUGUAAAUGUGUCAUUGUCCUGCUUGCAUUAGAAUUAAGUAGUUAAUGAAACAUAAUUUAAGGUGUUGUAGUCUAAGUAGUUUUUGUGGUGAAAAAACGUAUACUUCUUGACUUUGAUGAUUGAACUCUGAAGGCACAAUAAACGGUGUUCCCCAGUAUCACUGUGCACUUCA